CAACAACAUGGAAGAGGCUCUGAAAGCAGCUGGCAUCUGGUUCAUCCCCAAGCUUCAUCAUGACUCCUAUCCAUUUAUAGACUCGUCAAAGGCAGACCUUUCGGGAAAGUCAGUCUUGAUUUCUGGAGCGUCCAAAGGCAUCGGAAGAGCAACUGCCAUUUCGUUUGCAAAGGGAGGUGCUUCGAAAAUUGCCAUCCUCGCAAGAUCAGACCUCUCUGCGGUGAACCAGGAACUGUUAGACGCUGCAAAGAAGGCAGGUCGGGCAGAACCCAAAAUCCUUCAAUUGAAAGCCGAUGUUUGCAAACGCGCGGAGGUAGAACAGGCCGCUCAGAAGGUGGCGGCCGAGUUUGGUACAUUGGACAUCCUCAUCAAUAAUGCCGGGUAUCUGGAAGGCUUCCUUCCCAUGGCGGAGACUGACCCGGACGAAUGGUGGUACACGUUCGAGAUCAAUGUCAAGGGAGUAUACCUCAUGACUCGAUCCUUCUUGCCUCUAGUUCUUAAAAGUCAGGACAAGACCAUCGUGUCGAUUUCUAGUGUCGGUGCCCAUCUCACUACCCCUGGUGCCUCAUCCUAUCAGACGACAAAGUCUGUAUUGCUUCGACUCAACGAUUUUCUACAAGUUGAGUACGGCGAUCAGGGGCUUCUGGCCUACGGAAUCCAUCCCGGCGGCGUUGCCACUGAACUGGCCAAAACCAUGCCUGAGUACCUGCAUGCUUCUUUGACAGAUACACCAGAACUGGCGGGUGACACGUUGGUGUUUUUGACACAGGAGCGCAGAGAAUGGCUUGCCGACCGAUACGUGAUGGUGAAUUGGGACAUGCAGGAAUUCUUCGACCGCAAGGAUGAAAUCGUUCAGAAAGAUCUCCUUAAGGUCCGACUUUGUCUCUAGGUUUCUGCCGGUGGUUGAUUGUGAGAUGAAGCGUGUGAGAGCUCGACUACAACUGCGG